CCGCUCGAGUAGAAGGAAGUGCAUUGCAGGUUAACGUUGAGUGUCCGUGUACAUUUAUAUCGUAUACGGAUAAAAUUACAUCAUCGCAGACAUCAGCUAAGUAAGGUGCUAAGAUUUAUGCACCGCCCGUCCUAGCUGCAUCUGGAGCUGAAGGGGCGUUGGGGUGUGCAGUAUAGCUACACUACAGUUGCCUUUGUAUUUUUGCCGGGGAACGGAGCAGCGUGGGUUAAGGUGGGCCUUGCCCGGAUAUCUGACAAGCAAAUCAAAACCAUUAGCUAGCUAGCUGCUCCUGUCACCUCUACUAUACCAACUGCCUAACAAGAUAAUAUAUAUAUAAAUACAGCUUAUAUAUAUUUGAAUACAUUUAUACAACACCGAAGAGCACUGGACUGAAAGCACCCAAGACAAAUGGCAGAUAACCUGAGUGAAGCCCUCAAGACACUGAAGCUCUCCUCAGCAGACAGCACCUCGGACAGUGUAGAGAACUGCCUGGACUGCCUGCUGAAAGCCUUGGCCCAAAACAAUGUGGAAGCGAGUGAAAAGAUUCAGGAGAUGGGUGUUCUUCCUAUGAUGCCUUCAUUAUUGGCUAUACAGAACUCCUGCACACCAAAAGUAGCCAACAUCAUAGCAGAAUUGGCGAAAAACGAGUUUAUGCGGAGUCCCUGUGUGGAGGCAGGGCUAAUUCCCCCUCUGGUGCAGCUGCUCAACUGCAAAGACCAGGAGGUGCUGCUUCAGACGGGUCGAGCCCUGGGCAACAUCUGCUAUGACAGCCAUGAGGGCAGAAGUGCAGUUGACGAGGCGGGCGGGGCACAGAUAGUAGCAGAGCACAUUAAGGCUCUGGCCCCUAACACUGACUCGGCCACUGGGAAGCUCUUGACUGUCUUUUGUGGCAUGCUGAUGAACUAUAGCAAUGAUAAUGACACACUGCAGGCCCAGCUGAUCAGCAUGGGGGUGAUCCCCACUCUGGUGCAGCUUCUCGGGGUCCACUCCCAGAAUACGGCCCUCACAGAAAUGUGCCUCAUUGCCUUCGGAAACCUGGCAGAACUGGAAUCGAGUAAGGAGCAGUUUGCGUCUACAAACAUCGCAGAGGAGCUAGUGAGACUGUUCCGGAAGCAGGUGGAGCAUGAAAAGAAGGAGAUGAUCUUUGAGGUGCUGGCUCCGCUGGCUGAGAACGAUGUGAUCAAGCUACAGCUGGUGGAGGCAGGCCUGGUGGAGUGUCUGUUGGAUGUGGUUGGUCAGACGGUGGACAGUGACAGAGAGGAGGACACGGCUCAGCUGAAAACCGCCUCUGACCUCAUGGUGCUGCUGCUGCUGGGAGACGAGUCAAUGCAGAAACUGUUUGAUGGGGGUAAAGGUAACGUGUUCCAGAGGGUUCUCUCCUGGGUUCCGUCUAACAGCCACCAGCUUCAGCUAGCUGGCGCCCUGGCCAUCGCAAACUUCGCCCGCAACGAUGGGAACUGCAUCCACAUGGUGGACACGGGCAUUGUGCAGAUGCUGCUGGACCUUCUGGACAGGCAUGUGGAGGAGGGCAACGUCACCGUCCAGCACGCUGCUCUCAGUGCCCUCAGGAACCUGGCCAUCCCAGUGGUGAACAAGUCUAAGAUGCUCACGGCCGGCGUGACCGACGUGGUGCUGAGGUUCCUCCCGUCCGAGAUGCCACCGGUUCAGUUCAAGCUGCUGGGAACGUUACGGAUGCUCAUCGACACACAAGCGGAUGCUGCAGAACAGUUGGGUAUGAACCGUAAGCUGGUAGAGAGGCUGGUGGAGUGGUGUGAGGCCAAGGACCAUGCAGGCGUGAUGGGAGAAUCCAACCGCCUGCUCUCAGCACUCAUUCGACACAGCAAGUCAAAGGAAGUUGUUCGGACAGUCAUUCAGUAUGGUGGUGUAAAGCACUUGGUUACCAUGGCAACGAGUGAACACAUGAUCAUGCAGAAUGAAGCACUGGUGGCCUUGGGUCUCAUAGCAGCACUAGAUUUAGAUUCAGCAGAGAAGGAUUUUGUAGGGGCCACACUAGUGCAGGUGCUGCACAAACUUCUGAUGGAGGAGAAGAGCGCUCCUGAGAUCAAAUACAACUCCAUGAUCCUCAUCUGCUCCGUCAUGGGCUCAGAGCCGCUUCAUAAAGAAGUGCAUAGCCUGGCCUUCAUUGACGUGGUGUCCAAGCUACGCACCCAUGAGAACAAAACGGUGUCCCACCAGGCCUCACUCACAGAACAGAGGCUAACGGCACAGAGCUAAAGGACUCUUGUACACCCCGCCCUCCUACAAACAUGUGCACACACACACACACACACACACUCUAUCCACUCUGCCUGCCAACCUUUCCUGUACACGCCCAUAACCUCCUAUUGACCUCACCAUCUCCCACUGUCGUGUGCCAAGGUAUCCCAUUCCUCUGCCCCCGCCCCUUCCCUGCUGUAACGACUCCUCCCUGCCCCCAUGCUGCCUGUGCAUGCGUUCCUGACUCCUGCAAAUAGGUUCUGUGAGAUACCAGAGAGCGCAUUUUCUUUUAAACAGACCGCAGCUGUGAUAUGAACGAAGCAUCCGCAUCUCAUGGAGGACGAAGACGACGGUUUUGAAAAUGCAAAAAAAAUAAUAAUAAUAAUAAAAAAAAAAUUUAAAAGUAGAUAAAAAACAAAAAAGAAAACCACACACACACAAAGAACUAGACAAUAACCACAUGAGGGCUAGAGGAGGAAGUAGUGCAGCCAUACACCCAUGCUGUGUAAACCCCACGUGUUGCGUGUAGCUUGAGUAUCAGCCAAUUUUGAGACCUGCAUGUUUUUUAUCUAGUCUUAUUUAAUGGUGUAUCCAUGUUCAGCUAUCCAGACCUCGCUCGUACGAUACAUGGACCCCACCCCCCACAUGCCUUUGAUCUGUCUGAGUAGAGAUCAAGAUGUGUUUGUACUGUAUAUGGGACAUCUGGACCUGAGCAGACCCUUUAUGUUAUACCUCCUGGUCCUAGUGUGACCCAUGUUCCUAUUUAUGAAGUCACUUUACUGGCAAGAGCUACUUCAAUUUCACUAGUCUGUUGCAUUUUUGAAAUAGAAUAUUAUUGUCAUAUGGACAUUUGAACAAAUAAUCUUGUCUUGGAACCAAUGAAUGAGUGGCACUUUUUGUCACAAGAGUUCAUGGAUAUCGUUUGGGCAGCCUAACCCUAAUCAUGAUCAUGGUUGUUAGUUGAGUGGUUGUUGCAAGAAAAGGAGGAACAGCUGGGUCUUGUGACAGCACAGUUUCACCCGUCAAUAACUUUUUACUGUAAAGAUUUUUUUGGGAAGGAGCCCUAUGUAUAGCAUGACUGCCAUUUACAGCAAGAGUAAGAACACUGUUUAGCAAAAUGGUGUAUGGAUCAUUUAUAGAUCCAUAGAAGAAUGCAUCAUAUGAAAGACAAAAGGGCUCAGACAAGUUGGUGUGCAUGUGCGCGUGCAAGCGUUCGUUUGUGCGUGCGUGUGUUUUCUUCAAAGGUGGCUGAAAUACUGCCAAUAACUCUACAGACAAUGAGCGAACAUUGAAUGAACAUGCAACCUAGUUGGAGUGUCUUAGAGAAUUGACUCUAUGGGCUCUAUUCCUGUGCUCUCCAUCACACGUGCAUCUGAUACUGUGGGCCAUUCUUCUCUCGCGAGGUGGAUUUUGCAUGUGUCCGGGUUUGCCUUGUCGCAGCCCCACGCAGCAGAACGCGUGGUUCAGCUGCACUCCAGGCUGCUGCACGAGCCCCGUGUGGCCUUUCUUUCUUUCUCCAGUAAAUGAUUGUGUGUCAGGUUUGUACCCUUAAUGAACCACACAGCAAUCCGAUGUAUUCAUAGCAACUGCAUUCAAAAUAUAAACCCAAUUAGUUGUUGUAAAUGUAAUUGAUGAAUUGUAAAUUUUGGGAGAUUGAGACUCAUUAUUAAAGAUGAUUGCUGGCGAUGAA